AUGGAUGUGGAGAACCAGUCAAUGGUGACUGAAUUCAUUCUGGUUGGAUUCCCAGGGAGCAGGACUAUUCGUGGACUGGUGUUCCUGAUAUUCCUUUUGGCUUACAUGUUGACGGUAUCAGAGAAUGUGAUCAUCAUCCUUUUGGUGCAAAGGAAUAAACCACUCCACAAACCAAUGUACUUCUUCCUGGCUAACCUUUCGUUCCUAGAGACUUGGUACAUCUCAGUCACUGUCCCUAAGUUGCUAUUCAGUUUCUGGUCUCUGAGCAACAGAAUCUCUUUCUCCCACUGCAUGACUCAACUCUACUUUUUCAUUGCACUCAUGUGUACUGAGUGUGUGCUUCUGGCUGCCAUGGCAUAUGACCGCUAUGUGGCCAUUUGCCGCCCGCUCCAUUACCCCACCAUCAUGAGCCAUGGCCUCUGUUUCCGUCUGGCUUUAGGAUCUUGGACCAUUGGAUUUGGCAUCUCCUUGGCCAAAAUCUACUUCAUCUCCCGUCUUAGUUUCUGUGGUCCCAAUGUCAUCAACCAUUUCUUUUGUGAUAUCUCUCCAGUGCUCAAUCUGUCCUGCACAGACAUGUCCAUGGCUGAGCUGGUAGAUUUUGUUCUAGCAUUAAUCAUCUUUCUUUUUCCAUUAUCUAUUACAGUAUUGUCAUAUGGAUGCAUUCUGAUUACAGUCCUAAAAAUGCCCACAGGAAAGCAAAAGGCUUUCUCCACUUGUGGCUCACAUCUUGUGGUGGUCACUGUUUUCUAUUCAGCCACUAUCUUCAUGUAUGCAAGACCUCGUGCUAUCCAUGCCUUCAACAUGAACAAAGUCAUUUCUAUCUUCUAUGCCAUUGUGACCCCUGCCCUUAAUCCUUUCAUCUAUUGCCUAAGGAAUCGAGAAGUCAAAGAGGCUCUGAAAAAGCUGGCCUGCGUCCAGGAUACCUGA